AUGCCUUCAAGCUCUCCUUUGCCCAGAAACAGAUCAUCGCAGAUAUCUAGCGGCUACUCUUCGACGAAAUCCAGAGAAAGUAACGGUUCUUCGAGACCGGGGGUGGACAGGCUGUCGUCUCAAACCUCUGUUAGCAGCAGAACUACAAUCACGACUCCUCUGACGAACCCAGGGACUCCUAGCCGUCUUCAUCAUGGAUCAAAUCACCCUAUUGCUCUACUCUUAGGCCGAGAGCCAGCGAAUGUCUCCCAGGCGCUAAAGGAACUACGAUAUUUAAUUUUGACGGAGGGUAUACCGGCCGAUACAGAUGGAAUGUCUGCAUUUCGCAUAUAUAUCUGGUCCAUACUCCUAGGGGUCGAACCUCUCUCCGCCUCGCAAUACCUCAGACUCGUUCAUAAAGGCCCAUCCCAGUCAUACUCCAAGAUCCGUGAUGACACAUUCAGAACACUAGCCACGGACCCUCUCUUCCACCGAAAGGUCUCCGAAGCAUCUCUCACCCGACUUUUGAACUGCUAUGUUCUCUCUCGUGAGUCCGCCACAAGGGAUCGAAGUACUAGUCAUUAUGUACAAGGCAUGAACGUCAUCGCUGCGCCAUUCAUGUAUGCUGCUCGAAGCGAGCAUGAAGCGUUUGCACUUUUCCAGACGUUCUUGGUACAGGAGUGUCCGGCGUAUACAAGGCCCACACUUGACGGUGUGCAUAGAGGCCUUAAGCUGGUCGAUUCAGUUUUAGAGGCCGUGGAUGAAGAGCUUUUCAGCUAUCUAGGAGGAAAGGGGCUGGUGGCGAAGUUAUAUGCCUUUCCUUCGGUUAUGACCUUCUCAGCAUGCACUCCUCCGCUGCCUGAGGUCUGUGUUCUAUGGGACUUCUUGAUUGCGUAUGGACCUUACUUGAACAUUAUCUGCGUCGUUGCGCAGGUACUCAUGAUGAAAGACGAUUUGAUGGAAAUGCAGAGUCCCAUGAAACAUCUCCGCCAAUUCCCACCACUUAAAGCCCGUGAAGUCAUCAGCUCUGUUAUGAAGUUGAUGCCACAGCUUCCCGAAAGCUUGUUCCAAGAAAUAGUGGAUCACGCAAAGCUUUAG